CAAUUGAAGAUGUUGACCAAGAGAGCAUCAUCACGAAGUCUAGGUAUCGCAAGCCCUUCUCAUGCUACUUUCCUUCCCUUUCUGUACCAGACUCGAAGCAUCCUGCGCGCAUAUUCAGAUGAGUUCCCAUCAGCACAUCCAGCCGACCAUCUCAAUCUCGAACACAAAGCAGGACAAGGUGCAGCGGAAGAGCAGAGAUUGCAGGAUAUCAGACACAAAUGGUCGUCGAAGAGUGUGGGAAGGGGAAGAGGUCGGUCAGCGCGGAGCAAGGAUGAGCCAACUUCGCAGCGCAUGCAGAAUGCAAUGCGUAGGCCAAAGCAGUUGCACAGUAUACCUUUCGAAGGCGACACGGGAUCGACCACGCCUGCAGAGCGACUGCGGAAUACCACCAUGACUCCACGAGAGAUGCAGGUGUUCGAAGAGCUGUUUCGGAAGGGCAUCGCAAGCAAGAAGGACGGAAAGAUGAAGACGGGAACACAGAAACAGCAGCAGCAGGAAACAGUACAAUUUCCAGAAUUGCUACGACCUCUCGCGGAAGAAGCAGAGGAAUUGCGUCGACGAGUCGCUCGCGAGGACAACAAGACUUCUUCAGUCAGACCCGUCUCCGAAUUCGAGAUCAAAGACGCCCAAGCCCUCGCUAUCAAAAGCCUCAUGGACAAUGCCACUUCAGAUGUUCAGCUCUGGACAAUCCUUCGCGACCAAGUCUUCGACCGACUGCGUUCUACUCCCGACAGCAUCGCCCUCAAAAGCAAUUUUACUGCUCUGCCAGCUUUACUCCAACAUUAUAUGCAUCUCCAAACCUCCAAGUUACCCACCACACACUCCCUCGGCCUCGUCGUUCUUCCCGAAUUGAAGAAACUCGGUCCUCUGGCAUUCGCGUUGGGUGCUACCACCGAGCUCUACAAUCAACACAUGCAUCUCCUCUGGCGGCAAUAUCGCGACAUGGAAGCCAUCAGUCUCGUGUUGGAGGAAAUGGAUCGAGAGGUGUAUUCGUUUGAUCAUGGCACGCUGGAUUUGUUGGAUCGGAUCUUGGAUUACGCGAGUGAUGCUGCUGAUGGGAAGUUGGGUCGAGCAGUGCAGGCUUUGUGGGGAAUGGAUCGAAAGAAAAGAGGGGUGGUGAAGAUGAGGGACUGGAGAAGGACUGUAAACGAAAAGUUGAGAGCGAAUGCACUGGAAGAGGCCAAGAAGGCGGAAAUUGGGUUUGAAGAUGAAGACGAUAUGGAAGAGGAGGCGGGGGAUGAGGAGAGGGCGACAUUGGAUGAGGAUGUGGCGAUGAAAAGAGGGCAUGAGGAGAGGAGGAGCAGGAUGAGGAGGAUGAGCGCAGGGCAGAUUGCUUUGGCAUAAGUGUGAGAUGUAUAGACACUGAGAAACUGGCCACAGAAAAAUACAUUAGAUGUAGCAGAGCGAGCUCACUGUUUGUAUUCCAUAGAUACAUGUUCCCUAGAUAGUUCCAUCCAGAUUGAACAUACAACAGCGUGGGAAC